CGAUCGCAAUCGCGUGUAUCAUCAUCAUACCAUCCAUACAUACUUUCAUGCCCGCGACUAAAUACUCUCGAGGAUCGCUUUUUUAUUUUUGUUUUUUUACGAUGCAUUAUAACCCCCUCUUUCUUUGAGUGUUAGUUGAAUGUCUGUCUCCAUCCCUCGAGUAAUCUCUGUGUUCCCAACCGAUAGCGACGACCAAACAGCGGCGAGCCGGACUCUGCGCAACCGCUUUGCGCCUAAUCGAUGACCGAGAAAAUCGCAUCGCACACGGGCACAAGACCCGAACAACCUGGCAAUGGUACAUUGGGAAACCUGAAAAGUAGUAUGACCGAAGGCGAAACAAUGAAAAAGGAAUCGAGCGCAAAAGACAACUCGCGAAAUUCGCCAGCGUCCAAGGCUGAAAACGCUGCUGCGGGGACUCACGCCAGCCCCAAGAAGCGUCGCAAGGUUAAUCAUGCAUGCGUUUACUGCCGGCGAUCGCAUAUGACUUGCGAUUCGGAGCGGCCGUGUACACGAUGUAUAAAGCGCAAUAUUGGCCACCUGUGCCAUGACGAACCCAGAGAACCUUCAAAGCAACGAGCUCGGAGUGAACACGAACAUUCUGCAGGGGAUGAUGACAGCGUACAGAACAAUGAGUUCUCGAAUGUCCUUCAAGGUAUGACUAGAAACGUCGAUGUCCAGGAUGCUGCCGGUCAGCAAAUCCUCUCUGAAGGGCUUCCGUCGUCGUCUGUGCCGCCCGGCAACAUCUCCUCUACAGGUCAAGGUCUCGGCGCAACGUCUCAGCCACUUCUCGGCUACAACGAAUGGCUUAGUGGCCAAAACCAAUUUCAAGAUAUGCACACUUUUCAUCCUUCGUAUAUGUUCAACGCCCCCGAGGUCACGAACGAAUACAACCUCCUUGGUGACUUCUUGAGUAAUAGCCUCUUGGAUGACGGAGCAAUGUUUCAGAGUGACGACCUACAGGGAAUUUACUCUGACCCAACAUUGAUCAGUUCCAUGGCCACACUCGGGGGUGGGUCUAAUGCAGCAUUACUUCAGCAAUCUCACCCUCCGCCUCUGGCACAGAACCAGCCCUCUCAUGGCGAACCGAUUCAAGGCCCCGCCCCUGGAGUGGUGAAUGAUAAAGCACGGGAAACCUAUUACAUGACAGCGGCAGAUCCUUCUGGGUCUGAUCCUCCAGAAGAACGAAUGAACAAACUUCUCAAGGCGAAAUACGAUGCUGGUCUUCUCCGACCAUUCAACUACGUGAAGGGCUACGCUAGGCUGAACCAAUAUAUGGAAAAGAAUCUGCAGCAAGCCUCACGUCAGAAGAUCCUGCGGCAGCUUGAUAAGUUCAGGCCGAAGUUCCGAGAGAGAAUGCAGAGUUUGACUGAUAUUGAACUCAUCUUCGUGGAGAUGUGGUUUGAACGGAGCUUGAUGGAAUACGACCGCGUCUUUGCUAGUAUGGCGAUUCCGGCCUGUUGCUGGAGGCGUACAGGUGAAAUAUUUCGAGGCAAUAAGGAGAUGGCUGAGUUGAUUGGGGUCCCAAUUGAAAGUCUGAGAGACGGUAAAAUGGCCAUUCAUGAAAUCAUUGUGGAGGAUCAGCUCGUGAGCUACUGGGAAAAGUUUGGAGCUAUUGCUUUUGAUAAUACGCAAAAAGCGAUGCUCACGAGUUGCACAUUGAAAAAUCCCAAUUCUAAUUCCCCUGGCGACGGGAUCCCAUGCUGUUUCUCAUUUACAAUACGAAGAGACUCGCAUAACAUCCCAUCCCUUAUUGUUGGAAACUUUCUACCAUCUCAACGAAAAAGCAAGUAAAUAUUCCCGUCGUCGCUGGAUUCUCUCUCUCUUUUUUUUUUCCAUUUCAUUUGUUUGUACCGGCGCUUAAGGCUAUUCGGAGUACUCUUGACUUGGAGUGGAUAUACUCGGUACAUACCUACAUCUUAGUGCUUCUAGCAGCUGAAAGUGCUGGGAUAUUCUCCUCAUAUCGUCCGUCAGUAACUGGCCUUUAUUAAAAAAAUGUACCAUACUUUUUUGCCCUUUUCUCCCCCACGCUCGUCACAGGAGCAGCAUUGGUUGAGUCUGAGAUUACUUGCCUGAAUUCGAUACCUGAGCAACGGGAUUGAAUAUAGACUAGUCUGGUCAUGUGGAUGGCCUCCAUAAUUUAAUAUGUAGAUUAUGUAUUUGUCACAUUCGAUUUGGUAUUAGCAUAAGCAAGGCCUUUCUCCUCACAAAGCAAACAACAAGUUCAAAGGAAUGGCAACACCAGCCAAUUCUGAAGCAAAAGCCGAUGUGUUUUUAGG